ACUCCCGGGGGCCGGGUUCUGCGCACGUCACGUGACCCGAGCUUAUAAAUACGCGUGCAACGUGGCGCCAUCAUCCAAUUGCGGGAACACCCAAGCUGCUCCUGUGAGACGGACCGAGUCCUCGUGUCUUCCUACCAAAUCCCUUCAAAAUGCGUGAGUGCAUCUCCAUCCAUGUGGGCCAGGCUGGUGUCCAGAUGGGCAAUGCUUGCUGGGAGCUUUAUUGCCUAGAACAUGGUAUCCAGCCUGAUGGCCAGAUGCCCUCUGACAAGACCAUUGGGGUUGGUGAUGAUUCAUUUAAUACCUUCUUCAGUGAGACUGGAUCUGGAAAACAUGUCCCAAGAGCAGUGUUUGUUGAUCUUGAACCAUCGGUUGUUGAUGAAGUACGCACCGGAGUAUAUCGCCAGCUUUUCCAUCCAGAGCAGCUUAUCACAGGAAAGGAAGAUGCCGCUAAUAAUUAUGCUCGUGGACAUUACACCAUUGGCAAAGAAAUUGUUGACGUGGUUCUUGAUCGGAUCCGUAAACUAGCAGACCAGUGCACUGGACUCCAGGGCUUCCUAAUCUUCCAUUCGUUUGGUGGUGGUACUGGUUCAGGUUUCACCUCACUGUUGAUGGAACGCCUGUCUGUAGACUAUGGCAAGAAGAGCAAGCUUGAAUUUGCCAUAUACCCAGCACCCCAAGUUGCUACUGCUGUUGUUGAACCUUACAACUCCAUCCUGACAACCCACACAACUCUAGAACACUCCGAUUGUGCUUUUAUGGUAGAUAAUGAAGCCAUUUAUGAUAUUUGUCGCAGGAACUUGGAUAUUGAACGUCCUUCGUAUACAAACCUGAACCGUCUUAUUGGUCAGAUUGUGUCUUCCAUUACGGCUUCCCUCCGAUUUGAUGGUGCCUUGAAUGUUGAUUUGACUGAAUUCCAGACAAAUUUAGUGCCUUAUCCAAGAAUUCACUUCCCUCUUGUAACUUAUGCUCCUGUUAUUUCUGCGGAGAAGGCAUACCAUGAGCAGCUUUCUGUGGCAGAAAUCACCAAUGCCUGCUUUGAACCGGCUAACCAGAUGGUAAAGUGUGAUCCUCGACAUGGAAAGUACAUGGCCUGCUGUCUCUUGUACAGGGGUGAUGUUGUGCCCAAAGAUGUUAAUGCUGCCAUUGCCUCAAUUAAGACAAAACGAACCAUCCAGUUUGUUGACUGGUGUCCCACAGGUUUCAAGGUUGGCAUUAAUUACCAGCCACCAACGGUCGUUCCAGGAGCUGACUUAGCAAAGGUGUCACGUGCUGUGUGCAUGUUGUCCAACACCACAGCUAUUGCAGAGGCAUGGGCUCGUCUUGACCACAAGUUUGACUUGAUGUAUGCCAAGCGUGCCUUUGUUCACUGGUACGUGGGAGAGGGCAUGGAAGAGGGAGAGUUCACUGAAGCCCGUGAAGACUUGGCAGCACUGGAGAAGGAUUAUGAGGAAGUGGGCAUGGACUCUGCUGACGGUGAAGAUGUUGAAGAUGGAGAUGAAUAUUAAAGGAAAAUUUAUUCUCAUUUACAUACCGCAGUAUUAGGUUUCUACUACACUUUCAGAUACUGGAGCUUCACAUUCCUGAAUAGCCAUACAAAUACUUUCAGCCAUACAUUGAUUAUUUUUCUAUGAACAAAUAAUUCUAAAGUUCAAAUUUUUCAUUUAUUAAAUUCUUUAAUUUGA